AUGUAACAAUAGUAUUUUUAGGUAAUUAUACAUUUAAUAAUAGAUAUUGAAAAAGAAUAAUGGUAGAGUAAUUGUAGAACUAGAUGAACAGUUAUUGGAGACUAUAAUUAAUAAUUAUUAGUUAAUACCAUAAAUUAAGAAUUCUUCAUUAUCAACUCAAAUCUUCGAAUCUAAAUUUUAAAGAAGAAUAGUGCCCUUCUUCUUGAAUCAAUUUAUGCAUUGGUCAAAAUAAAUGAAUUAUAAAUAAGUAGAGUGCUAUUUAAAAGUAAUUCAUAAUCGUAAAACUUCAAAAUAAUAAAAAUGGGAAUUAGGAGAUUUACAAAAAAUAUUUGGACCUAUCAAUUCGAGAACUAAAUGUAUAUAGACUGAAACAUAACAAAGAUGGAAAGAAUUUUUAUAUUCUUAGGCUGAAAUAGCUGUUGUUAAUAAUACUAAAAUUAAGGAUCAAUUAGUUAAAAGAAAAUAUAUUGAUGCAAUAAAUCAAUUAAAAAAAGAGCUUUAUAAAAAGUUACCUUAUCGUAAAUUUUUAAGCAUCCCUAAUUACUAAAAUAAUGAAUAAAAUAUCAAUACAGAUAUUUAUAUUAAUGAAAACAAUCUAACAUAGUUUGAGGAUUUGAUUGAAUAUUCAAAUUAACAAUAAGAUAGGCCAUUCAUUUCUUAUAUGAAGGACAAUUAAGAAUCUAUUUGA